GAGCGGCUCAGGUUCCAGCGCCGGCUCUGCCGCUCCCAGCUCGACUUCCAAGGCCGCUGGAGCUAUUCAGACCGCUGUUCCUGGAUUCGUCGCCGCAGCGGGUCUUGCAGCUCUCCUCCUGUAAUGACUGGAUCGCGUCUUGGUUGACGGAAAUGGGAUGGGGUGGGGAAGUGGUAAUGGUCUAAUUGGCGGACGUGCUUUGGUUGUUGAUACCCUCUUGCUUUCUUGCUCAUGUUUACCCAGCAUUGAGUCUUCAAAACGGUUUUUCUGCUGCGAUACGGUUUAACGCAUUACGGCAUUACGGCAUUACGGCAUCACUGACCCAAGGUCUUACACAUGGAAGCAUUUGACGCUUUCAGGCGAAAGACUAAUUCGAUAAUGAGUUCUCGAGGUGGCAGGCAUGGUUGUGCUCUCUGGAGGACAAACGUAAUGAUGAUGUAGCUAGAUGGAUUAUGCCAGGCAUGCAUUAAAUAAUACAAGUCGAUGAUAAUCAUGAAUGGAAUACUGCACACCCGGUGAUAUCUGUGUCUUGAUGUACGAAGUGUUGUCUGUAGGAUCUCUUGCUGACGAAUCGGACGGAAAUGGCCAAUCGGCAAACAGCUUCUCCACACUUACGAGUUGGGUAGCAUCCAGGAACAUGGCUGAGAGCAGCAUCAACAUCUAUCCAAGCAACGAACCUACUUGUACCCCCAUCUCUCGCCGCGGCCUAUCCAACGACUUCUACUGCGUCGUGGUCCCAAAACGCCCUAUCCCAUUGAACCCGUCGAACCACGCCGGCGCGGGCCUCGCUCAGCACAGAUCAAGCAUUGCUGAUACACAGACAGCGCCUACGAGAGAGUGCACAUGCUGCAUGCUGCAUGCUGCAUGCCGCGGGGGGUGGGUGUAAUAGAAGGAGGGGGAUGGACGGAUGGGAGGAUGGUUAUGAGUUUUCGUUCCGUGGGUGGAUAUGAUGGAGGAUGUUGAGGUCGCUGGGGAUUGAUUGAAGGUGAGCGCGUAAAGUCAGACAGUCAGUCAGUCAGUCAGUCGUGCCCAACAAUGGGCAAGAUGCAUUGCAUUGCAUGGCAUGGGGAUGGAAUGGAAUGGAAUGGAAUGGAAUGGAAUGGAAUGGAAUGGAACGAAGCAGCGACAACUCACAAGACCGACAGACAUACGGAUACUUGGGUAAAGAGAGGAGCGAGCGUAUAGAUAGAUGGUCUAAUCAUGGAUUAUUAGAGGGGGUGUGAGUGUGAGACUGUGAGUAUGAGUAUGCGGAGAGAGAAACUUAUUGAACGGAUGGAAAUGAGUGCCAUCCCCUGGAGGCUGACGCUCCCUCAACUGCGCGCGAGCCGAGCCG